GUGUAAGAACAGGGCCCUGGAGCUCAGUUGGGGCCAGAUGUCCCGCUCAGGAAGCUGAGCCCUCUGCUGCGCCUGCAACCAGACAAGGAAUACAAACUGCUGCCCCAGGAGCCUGACCAUGAGACUGAGGACCAGGGCCCAGCAGUGAUGGAGCAGUGCCAACAGGAACUGGUCAGGAUCCUCCACCAUACUACAUCUCCUAUGCAAUUGCCAUGAUGACUGGCCUUCCCCACCAUGAAAGAAUUACAGGCCCAAUAGUCCUCUUCACCUCUGUGAACAGAGGAGACGCAGAUCAAGCAUAUCUGGCCUGAAGAUGGAGAGAAGAAAGAAUGGGAGAAUACUGGAUCCAUUUCCCCUUCAACUCCAUACUCUGGUUUUGCAGAAGCCUCUCUGGGAUGCAAAGUAUCAACAACACCUGAAGAACAAAGGAAGCAGCACUGGACUGGGGGAUAGAUUGUGACUGAAAGGAGUACAGCCAGUAAGACUGAUGAGAUAUGUGCGACCCAAGAUGGAGUACGAGUGGAAACCCGACGAGCAGGGGCUCCAGCAGAUCCUGCAGCUGCUCAAGGAGUCGCAGUCCCCGGACACUACCACGCAGAGAGCGGUGCAACAAAAACUGGAACAACUGAAUCAGUAUCCAGAUUUUAACAACUACCUGAUAUUUGUUCUUACGAAAUUGAAGUCUGAAGAUGAACCCACACGGUCCCUGAGUGGUCUCAUCUUGAAGAAUAAUGUGAAAGCGCAUUUUCACAACUUUCCAAAUGGAGUAACAGACUUCAUCAAGAGUGAAUGUCUAAACAACAUUGGGGACUCCUCCCCAUUAAUUAGAGCAACUGUAGGCAUUCUGAUUACAACUAUUGCUUCUAAGGGGGAAUUGCAGAAUUGGCCUGAACUCUUACCAAAGCUUUGCAGCCUCUUGGAUUCUGAAGACUACAAUACCUGUGAGGGUGCAUUUGGAGCUCUUCAGAAGAUAUGUGAAGAUUCUGCUGAAAUCUUAGAUAGUGAUGUAUUAGACCGACCGCUCAAUAUCAUGAUUCCUAAAUUUUUACAGUUCUUCAAACACAGCAGUCCAAAAAUAAGGUCCCAUGCUGUUGCAUGCGUCAAUCAGUUUAUCAUCAGUAGAACUCAAGCUCUUAUGUUACACAUUGAUUCUUUUAUUGAGAAUCUCUUCGCAUUGGCUGGAGAUGAGGAGCCUGAAGUACGCAAAAAUGUGUGUCGGGCUUUGGUGAUGCUGCUGGAAGUUCGAAUGGAUCGCCUGCUUCCUCAUAUGAUUAGUAUAGUUGAGUACAUGCUUCAGAGGACCCAGGACCAAGAUGAAAACGUGGCUUUGGAGGCGUGCGAGUUUUGGCUGACUUUGGCUGAGCAGCCAAUUUGUAAAGAUGUACUAUGUCGACAUCUUACGAAGUUGAUACCUGUCUUAGUAAAUGGUAUGAAGUACUCAGAAAUAGAUAUUAUUCUGCUGAAGGGGGAUGUUGAAGAAGAUGAAGCUAUUCCAGAUAGUGAACAGGACAUAAGGCCUCGUUUUCAUCGUUCACGGACAGUGGCUCAGCAGCAUGAAGAAGAUGGUAUUGAGGAAGAUGAUGACGAUGAUGAUGAGCUUGACGAUGAUGAUACUAUUUCUGACUGGAAUUUAAGGAAGUGUUCUGCUGCUGCACUAGAUGUCCUUGCCAAUGUAUUUCGUGAUGAACUUCUGCCACACAUUUUGCCCCUUUUGAAAGAACUGCUGUUUCAUCCAGAAUGGGUGGUCAAAGAAUCAGGUAUCCUGGUUCUAGGAGCAAUUGCUGAAGGUUGCAUGCAGGGUAUGAUUCCAUAUCUUCCUGAACUAAUCCCUCACCUUAUUCAGUGCCUCUCUGAUAAAAAGGCUCUUGUGCGCUCCAUUACAUGCUGGACUCUUAGCCGCUAUGCACACUGGGUAGUUAGUCAACCCCCAGACACGUACUUGAAGCCAUUAAUGACAGAGUUGCUAAAACGUAUCCUUGAUAGCAACAAGAGAGUACAAGAAGCUGCCUGCAGUGCCUUUGCUACUCUAGAAGAGGAGGCUUGUACAGAGCUUGUUCCUUACCUUGCAUAUAUACUUGACACUCUGGUCUUCGCAUUUAGUAAAUACCAGCAUAAGAAUCUUCUCAUCCUUUAUGAUGCCAUAGGAACUUUAGCAGAUUCUGUAGGACAUCAUCUAAACAAACCAGAAUAUAUUCAGAUGCUAAUGCCUCCACUAAUCCAGAAAUGGAACAUGUUGAAGGAUGAGGAUAAAGAUCUCUUCCCUUUGUUAGAGUGCCUGUCUUCGGUUGCCACUGCCUUGCAAUCUGGCUUCCUUCCAUACUGUGAACCCGUGUAUCAGCGUUGUGUAAACCUGGUACAGAAGACUCUUGCACAAGCCAUGUUGCACAAUGCUCAGCCAGACCAAUACGAGGCACCAGAUAAAGACUUCAUGAUUGUGGCUCUUGAUUUACUCAGUGGCUUAGCUGAAGGACUUGGAGGCAACAUUGAACAGCUAGUGGCUCGCAGUAAUAUCUUGACACUAAUGUACCAAUGCAUGCAGGAUAAAAUGCCUGAGGUACGACAGAGUUCUUUUGCCUUGUUAGGUGACCUGACAAAGGCAUGCUUUCAGCAUGUUAAGCCUUGCAUAGCUGAUUUCAUGCCGAUUUUGGGAACCAACCUAAAUCCUGAGUUCAUUUCUGUGUGCAACAAUGCUACAUGGGCAAUUGGCGAAAUCUCCAUUCAAAUGGGUAUAGAGAUGCAGCCUUAUAUUCCUAUGGUGUUGCACCAGCUUGUAGAAAUCAUUAACAGACCCAACACACCAAAGACGUUGUUAGAGAACACAGCAAUAACAAUUGGUCGUCUUGGUUACGUUUGUCCUCAAGAGGUGGCCCCCAUGCUACAGCAGUUUAUAAGACCCUGGUGUACCUCUCUGCGGAACAUAAGGGACAAUGAGGAAAAGGAUUCUGCUUUCCGUGGGAUUUGUACCAUGAUCACAGUCAACCCUAGUGGAGUAGUCCAAGACUUUAUAUUUUUUUGUGAUGCUGUUGCAUCGUGGAUUAGCCCAAAAGAUGAUCUCCGAGACAUGUUCUGUAAGAUCCUUCAUGGAUUUAAAAAUCAAGUUGGGGAUGAAAAUUGGAGGCGUUUCUCUGACCAGUUUCCUCUUCCCUUAAAAGAGCGCCUUGCAGCUUACUAUGGAGUUUAACCUCAUGCGUUCAAGCUGCAGUCCCAUAAUUAGGGGUCCUUCAGUCUAGGAGACUAUGAGGGAGCCUCUGCACCCAGGGAAAAUGUUACCCUUUACUGGGGGGAAGGGUAAACCAGUAGGGAAUACAGUACAAUCCCAAGCCUACUGGGAGGGGCGGGAGGGAGGUGUUGCCGUCACUGUAUUAAGUCGAUGUUGGGAAACGUUUUAACAUCUGGAGCCUUUGUGGGUGGAAAUCUGUCUCCUAUUACAACUCUGCACUGGAUGUGAAGAAGCAAAAAAGAGAAUCUAUUCACAAAACAGCACAUUCUGGAAUAUUAUGGGGAAUUGUACCAAAACAGGAACCAUAUAAUUGAACCAUAGGGAUACGUAAAAAGGAAAACUAUUGUGCGCACAAUAAAGGAAACCUAAGAAUGGGGAUGGGGGUUUACAAAAAGCCUUUGACUGUUUAACUAAGGGUUUUCUCGUUAUUUCAUCCUGCUUGAUGGGAUUCCUAGGUAUUUGCAUGUUAAUGAAGAACUAAACAAAUGAAGUUAGUACAGUUAAAAUGCAGCUUGCUACCUGUAUUAGGAACUGGCACCUGCAGUGUACAAUAUAGAAACCCCAUAAUAAAGUAAUAAAGGUUAACUUUAACAAAACGAAGCAACUUGCAAGAUGCCAAAUGAGUCACUCCUUUCAUUUUUUUGGGGGUGGGGGGAGGGGCAUUUCAAAGGAAAGAUUGACAUCUUAAUUUUAUAUUAAAAACUUUAGUGGAUAUGAUUUGAUGGUUGUACUUCAUUAGAUUUAAUUUCUAGAGUAAGGCAUUAUUCUUAACAUGCAGUUUAAGGUUCAGGCAUGCAUUCUGGCUCAUACUGAUCAGAAGUAAUUUAAAUUAGUGGGAAAGUAGCAUGCUUGCAUCACAUAGAGUGAGAUUGGUAUACUUUUACUUACGUUGCGCCAGUUUUGUGUUGCAGUUUACCAAUUUAAUAUAGCCCUGCAUUUAAAAAUCCUUUUUUAAAGAUUCUGUGGAUUUUAUUUUUAUUAAGAAUAUAGAUAUAAAGUACUGUAGUUUACAAUUAGCCCUUGAAAUAUCUUUUUAGGAUCUGUUAAGAAUAAGAUUGAUAUUGUAUUGUGUGUAACCAGCACAAUGUGGAAAGCUGAUAUAGCUGUGCAAAAUAUUUGCCUCUGUGCUGUCAGUGUGAUGUGCUUUCUGCAUGGUUAUAUACUACUAGUGAUUUUAUCAGAACUUCUAAAAAUGAGUUACAUGGUAAGACCUGUUAAAGGCUGCAUAAAUGUUAGUUGGCACGUAAAGACAAUUGUAGAAGUUGAUGACAUGAUUGCUAUAUUUCAUUGUUUAUUCCCACUCAACAUAUUACCUUCUAUGCUUUCUUUUUUGUUCAAAGCAUGAUCUUUAAGAGAUGUUUAAGUUAAUGGAUGUAAUGCAGGGUAUCUACACUGUAUCGGCGCAUGUUGGUGGCCCUUUGUGUCGUAGUUAAGUGCACAAGGGUGCAAGUUAAAAGCUACAGAGUGAAAGUUGGUUUGGAUCCUCUUCAUUUCAUUUGUUUGGCUUUUCUGUUGUUUUUCUCUACUUAUGUGUAUUCCUGUGAAUAAAUCCUUGUUAAGUUAACCCUUUACUUUUCCUUCCAUGUGUAUUUUCUUAUGUACUGUGAAUGUGAAAACCUAACUGGUACACUUGAUCUUGUGUCCAUCUGAAAGUGCAAGUCUUUAUUAAUUUAGAUUGCCUAAAGAGUAUCCCAUGAUGAUAAAGGAAAAUGGAGAGAUUUUAACUCUGCUGGUCAGAGGUGAAGCCACACCUUUCCAUUUUUCAAGUGCUGCGUAAUUAAACGAUAAAACAAAAUUAAGCCAUAACAGCCUUUUUAUAGUUUUAGUUUCUUACCGUUGCAUUGCAGAAUGAAUACUGGAUAACAGUUUUUGUAAGACCUUGAUCUUCUUUGCAUGGUUCUAUUCUUUAAGAAUGUUUGAAUAAUUUAGCCAUUGCACUGAAGUUUGAGAUGUGUGAUAAAUGCUGUUUAAAGAGGUUUUUUAAUGCAUGGUAGCAUGCACAAGUUUUACACAUUCCUUUUUUUGGCUUUUCAAAAUGAUAGUAGAUUAUCUUGCUUGAAGAUAGUUUUGACAUAUACUGACUAAAUUCAGUAAUGCUAGUACAUGAUACUUACUCAUUUUGUUUAAUCAGAACUGCAUGUGAUUAUUUGCUUUCAAAUUCAAUUGCUUUGUUAGAAGCUACAAAUCUUCCUUCUUGGCUAAUAAUUCUAAAGUGAGUGGGUAAUAGGUUUCUUUGACUAAAAAUAUGUCUGACAUAUUACUAUUAAAAUGUAGUGAGGUAGGAUCUUGUCUUAGACCCAAAUGUGUUUUAAUUUCUUGUAUAGGUUAAAGAUUUGGAAACAGUUUCAGGAAAAAAAACUAUAGCUUUUCCAGAUUAAAAUUUUGUAUACAAUAUAAAACCUGCUUUAUAGUGCAGUGUUGUUUGGACUUGAUUUAAAUUUAGCUCCAACACUUGCGGCAACCCCACUAACUGGAGGAAAAAUCAGUCAGAUUAGCCCAUCAUAUCCACUUUUAUGUGUGUAUUUUAAAUCUGUGUCUAUAAACGUGUGACUGUUUACAGAUGUGAACUGAUCUGGUAUAGCAGUAAGGAAUAUAAUCAAAACAAUGCAAAAUUAAACAAUACUGCCAUAAUCAUAGUACUUUACUAGGUCCUCUGGUAUAUUUUAAAGCAAAUUAAACCAUAUUCCCAAUGCAUAAUAGUACAGGGAUUUGCAGAAGAACAUUUAGGUUAUAACUUGAGGUAAGAAAAGUUCUGAUUCAGCAUUAACCGUUGUAAUUCAAAUUGUUGCAUCAUGGGAUAUAUAUAAAGCAUCUUAAUUCUUGUGAUGUAGUUUUGCCAGUUUUUGAAUGUUGACUGAAUGUUUAUACCAGUAGAACUGUGUUUGUCUUUGUUACAUUCCAGUGUUUCUGCCUCUUGGCAUGCUAAAAGCACGGCUUACUUCAUCUGCUCCUUACACACUGAAUAAAGUGCUGUUAGUGUGCUAAACUACAGAAAUAGCCGCUGCUAAGUGAUAAUGUAGAUUUUCUACUUGAAUAUUUUGUUGUAGGAACCUCAGGAGGUCAGUGUUUACUGUUUUUUAUAUGCCUUGUUUUUCCUGUUUGAGUUUCCCUUUUUGAAGGAUUCUAACAGUGAACAAAAGCUGCUGAUCAACCUAAGUUGGUAACAGAAAGUGUAUUUAAAAUUUUAAAUGCACCUUUUUGGCAGUUCUAAAUAGCAGUUAAAUUAGUCUUAAAGUUCAGUAUCACAGUUUUUCAUUUAUACAUUCAGAAAACAAGUUGUCUUUUUCAUUUAAAAAAUAAUUGUAGACUACUUCAUGACUUCAGGCAAUGUAAGCAAAAUGAUCAAUUUUGUAAAUUUUUUGAAGCUUGAUUAUUUUCUAAAUCAGUUUGUACAUAAUUAAAAUUGUAAUAAGCUAAUUCUUAUAUUUCAGUUUAUUGCUACUUAUUAGAGGUUGUACCCAAGAGAUCACUUUUAAAAGAAUGGGUUUAAAAUUUAUAGCCAUUAUGAUUUUUAAAAUUUAAGUAGCAUAAAUUUUGUACUAAACAAUCUUGACACGCACUGUGAUUUUUGUUAAGACUUUCUUUAGCAUUGAUCUGAAUUACUUAAGCUGCAUAUGUAUAAUAUAAUCAAAUAUAUAUAUAUUCUAAAAUUUUAAGUGGCUUUCCACAACUGAAACUCAUUGCAACUCCGACAUGAAAUAUUCAGAUACUAGUUUUAUCUCAGGUGAAUACUCUUGUACCCUUUUGUUCACAACAUAUGUA